UGUUGACAUGAUGGGAUGCUGUUUUUUGCUCACUCUGGCUGUUUUGCUCCUUCAUGGUGUGUUUGGUGAGGAUGUGGUGACAGUGAUGGAGGGAGAUACAGUCACUCUACACACUGAUAUCAACAAAAAAGAACAUGACAAGAUGCUGUGGUAUUUUGAAGACACUCGCAUAGCUCUGAUCAACGGACAUCCCAAUACAAGCUGUUUAUAUGAUGGUGAAGGCGGGAGAUUCAGAGACAGCCUGAAGGUGGACUAUAAGACUGGAUCUCUGAUCAUCACAGACAUCACAACUGAACACGCUGGACGUUAUGAAGCAGAGAUCAUCAGAAGCGAGAGUUCAGGAAAAAGGCAAAGUCUGAACAGAAAUCGCAAGUGUGACAGCAGAAAAAUCACCAGAAGAAUCAGCAUCAGUCAUGAUGACACUAUAAAAACGUUCAGUAUGAUCGUCAUUGCUGCUCUGUCUGAUCAAGUCAAAACCAAUGAAGAGCCCCGUAUGGAGAAGAGGGAGUUUGACUUGAAUUCAGGUCUGUCUUCAGCUGCUGUAGCAGGAAUAUGUGCUGCUGUUCUGCUGCUGGUGUCUGUUGUAGCUGCUGCUGGUGGGAUUUACUAUCGCCGCAGGAGCUCCAGAAAUGCAGACAGGGAGAAAAACAACUAUGAAGGAUUGGCCAUAGAUGAGAAAAGAUACUGCACUGAAAACUCACAUCACACUAAGAUCUGUGUUUGAUUUUACCUGCACAGACAAAAUCAUCAUAAUGGCAAAUAACCCUUUUUAACAGAAUCUAAUUCACUGAUAGAUGACAAUGUGCUGAUUGUGUCUGAUUUGAGCUGUACUGUUCGUUUCUCUAACUUUACCUUCUAUGAUUUAUUGUUUUCUUACAGAAGGAGAAAGACAAUCCCAAAACUUUGGAAUCUUUUUAAGAUAGUGUUUUCAUCUUAACUUUGUCUUCUUGAUUUGGUUUAUUUACUCUCCCUAUUUUAUUUACUACU